CUGGUCCUCAGCUCCGCCUCGCCUCGAUCUGGCCGGACAGGGGAAAACACUUCUCAGUUAAAAGAACAAAAGCAACGACUGAUGGACGGAGGGGGACGAAGUAACGACGACUCUUCAGACAUAAACCACACGGAUUGAGAUAUCUGUACCCUCUUCGACGGGACUUAUUCGGGGAUCUAACUCCUACGAAAGGCGACAAACUUGGUCGCCUCGCAUCUUUGUGUCCCGACAGUAAUCCGUCGAGGUGCUUGAUAAAUAAGACAAGGGUCAAACAGGCAGACAGACGGUAUUGUUUCCCUUCUCUUCCUCUAAACUUCGGCCAUUAAAAGCGAAGUGGUUGAGGAGGGAUUCUGGGUUUCUUUCGCUUUCGUUGCGCUGAAGCGGAUCUCAGGAAGAAAGCGUUGUUUGGCGGAUUUUCGGUUUGUCGUGGUAUCUGUCCUUGUGAAGAGGUUACUUAUCUUUCGGGACCGAUAACUCGAGAGAGGAACAAAGCCCGGCUGGAAAAGGUUGAGACUGCUUCUUUUGAUAUCCCAGAUGGCAACCUACAGUGAGCACAAUGGCAGAAAUGGACUUCUUAUGAGCACGAAGAAGCCGUUUGAAGCAAAAGCAGCCAAGGCAGAAUGUGAAGAAAAGCUUGAAGCUAAACGCUCCCCCAAGGAUUCGCACCACUCUGCCAGCUCAAAUGAAAGCAACACAAGUGGUGUGCCCAGUUUCACCACUAACCACAACAAUGUUGUGUGCCUGCCUCUUGUGUCUGAGGGACUGAAAUUGGUUUGGACGCAGUCAGAUCAAACCCGUGAACUUGACACAAUCCCAGAGCUAGUCCAUGCCUUUAACUUAUUUCCAUAUCCAUCAUCCCGUGAGACAAGCACCCUGGCCCGGGUAUGUGCCUUGCCACUGGACAAAGUGAAGGUGUGGUUUAUGGUGCAGAGGAUUAAAUAUGGUAUCAGCUGGUCGUCGGAGGAGAUAGAGGAGACGCGGCGAAAGCUGGCAGUGCCUGAGCUUCAUGAUGACUCUACUGAGGCCAAUGAGGAAACCACAUCGAAGAGUAGCAGCAAUGGUUGUGAAGAAGUGGUAAUAGAGGAUGAUGAAAGUGACGAAGUGGAGGUUGUUCCUCCCAGCUUCACUCCUCAAAAAAAGAAACCAAAGUGUGAGUCACCAGAUUCCUAUAAACCAGCCAAAUCCACUGUCCCAUGUUUCAGUUCUACCCUCCCUCCUCCUGGGGAUUCUUAUUUCUACCACCCACCAGCAGACAGCCCAGCAAGUACAGCUGCUGAUGUCUCCCUUGACCUUUCAUUGUCACCGUCACAUCAAAACCGCCAUGGGCGCUAUAAGAAGACUAAAGUUCAGCUUGCUGCCCUUCGAAAAAGCUUUCUUAGAGAGAACUGGCCAGCCGAGACAGAGCUUAGACGUUUGCAGGAAGAAACUGGGCUGAGCCGCAACGACAUUCGUAAAUGGUUCAGUGACAGCCGGUAUCAGCUUAGGGUUGGCCGAGGGAGCCUGGCGGCAGCCCAAGGUUACUCACAACAGACAACAGUUGGGGAUAAACAAGAUCAACAAAGUGAACCUCUUUCUCUUAUUUCUCAAAAGACUCGUCCACUGAAUGGUGUGAAGGGACAUGACGGAGCCCGUGGCAAUGGGAUACGAAAUUCACAUUUCUUUCAGACUUUUUUGUCAAACAGCCUUGAAGCAUUUGGAGAAAGAGUUCUUGAGUCAGACAACUAUGUUGUUAUGGAGGAGCUUUCUAGUGAUGUGGACAGUAAUGGUCAAGAACAAAGUGAGGAACAGCCCUUACAACUGACCAAGACGUGCAAGAUUGAGCCAGAUGUUCCCCAGGAACCACUGCUGAUAUCGAACUCCUCUCCCUGCUCCUCCCCCUCUGGUAGCCCACCACUGUCUACAUCACCCAGUAAACCUCUUUCAAAGAGCACAUCUAAAAAGUCAAUCCACUCAGCCAAAGCUAGUCCCUCACAAACGCCUGUUCGCAUCACAGGGACUUCUUCAUCAGCAUCCACGUCCCCUGCCCUCACUGCUGCUGGGCGACCAAGAAAAACUAAGGAGCAGUUGGAUCUUUUAAAGCAGUACUUCCUACGCUGCCAGUGGCCCAAGAGUGAAGAUUACACUGAGCUUGUAAAGCUCACAGGUUUACCCCGUGCUGACGUUAUUCAGUGGUUUGGUGACACACGUUAUGCGGUUAAAAAUGGCCAGCUGCGCUGGGUGAAAGAUGUCCGUGACCAGUUCUUGGCUGACCUGGCAGCCCAGCAAAGUGGCACUGGUUUGACUAAUGGAGGUGGCCGUGGGACAUCAGGAAGUAGUCGCAAACGAAAAUCUCAAGGAAACGGAACAUGUGCUGAUUCUCCUGAUAUCCAGCCAUUAUUAACAUAUUACCUUUCAACGGGACCACUUCAGGAAAAAGACCUUGAUGCUCUAUGCAAGAAAUCAAGAAUGAGCUACCAGCAGGUGCGCGACUGGUUUGCUGCUCAGGAUGUUGAAGAGACUGAACAAGUAGAUGUGACUGAUUGACACACUGGAAAAGACUUGGGUACUUUUAUUAAAAUUGAUGGAGUUGUCCUCACAUCCUUGCACCAACAAGCAUAGGUAUUAGUUGGGUUUAAAUUGCUUUAAUUAAAGCAGGUUUGUAACAUCCAGUCUUCCCAGUCCAAGCCCAAAGUGAGCUUGGUGUUUUUUAUGUAUGCUGCAUUUCCUGCUUAUCCUAAUAUAUUUGGACUUCAAUUAUAAUUGUGCUGCCUGUGUUGCUGUAAAAGGACAGUAUCUUUACACUGGUUUGCUACAUGUUUGAGCGCAUUACUUCUGUUUAGAUAUUACAGCUACAGAUAUUUUAUUAUGCUAUUGUAGCAGUAUAAUUUAAACUGGUUGUACCUUUGGUACCUCACUAUAGCAGAUAUCAUGUCUAACUCCUCCAGAAAAUGUCUGUGUUGAUAAUUUUGUUGACUGAUCACUGUGUGUAAUCAUUCCUAAACAAACAAUUCCUCAUCAUCAAAAGCACACUGGACAUGUACACUUUAAAUUGACAUAUUGCACUUGGUUUAAAAGCUUGAUGCCAUUUCCAUUAAAUCCAUUUCUUUCACAAAGGUCAAAUUUUUUGACUUAACGGUGUCAUUCUUAAUCCCUUAAACUGAGACUUAUACCAUUUUAAAAACAGUAUAGCCCACCCAAUACUGUGAAAUUACAAAACCACAUUUAUGUUUCUUUUUCAGACACCGUUUAAUUUUUGAAAAAACUAUAUGUUGCUUGUCAUUUGCCUUUCUGUGCAUCUUUAAACAGUCCCACAGUAGAGGGAAAUCUGCAAAUGCAUAGAUAUACAUCUGUUAGAAAUGCACAAUUGGACAUCCACUUGAUAAUUCAGUCAGUAUUUUAGGCUACACCUCUUGUUUCUGAGUGUAGGAUGUGAGUUGGUUGAAUUAUGAUGUAGAUACUUUAGAUAAAUUCUGGGGUCUGUGUUCUCCACAAAUAAGGAUUUAAAUCCAAAGAAUUAUCAUCCAUCACUCGUAUUAUGAAGUGUAACACAGACGAUACAUGUUAAGGUUAUGAGUUCAGGAAAACUUCUUUGUAGUACUUCUUUGUAGACCUACAGGGGGUGUAGUGGAGUUGGAAUGGAGUCACAGAGUUCAUUUCAGUGUCUUCCUCAGCAGGUGUUUUUAAUAUAUUUGUCCUGUUCUCAUUUGCACAAUUGUGUCACUGG